AUGUUCGCCCAGCCAGCUGCCAGUGUUGUCCUUCCUCUACCAGGAUACUCGUUCAAUGCGCACAUCUCGUCGCCUGCCGCCGUGCAGCUUCGGCCUAAGACAGAGAGGACACAGACGCCAACACCGCCAUCGUUCUCGAUCAGAGCGGCAACUGUUCAAGAUGCACCAGCUAUUGCUGAACUAGGGGCGACCGUUUUCUCGACGACCUUUGGCUUCUCCAUCCCGACGCCGGACCUCAACACCUAUCUUGACGAGGCAUACAGCGCAUCCGCCAUCGAAAAGGGCAUCCUCGCCCCAUCUACACAUAUUAUCGUGGCGUGUGCAAACACCGACAACAGAGUUAUUGGUUUCGCACAGUUGACCGAAGGCACAAGCGAGCCUUGCAUAGCUGACCUCGAGAGAGUGGUCGAGUUGCAGCGCUUGUAUAUCUACGCCGAUUUCCAAGGCGCCGGGGUGGGGAGGACCCUCACCCGCGAGGUCGAGAAGAUGGCGCGAGACCGGCGAUAUCGCAUCAUGUGGUUGGGCGUGUGGGAGGGCAAUUUCAAGGCGCAGCGGGUGUACGAGGCCAUGGGAUAUUCAAGGGUUGGGGAGCGUGAGUUCAAAAUGGGACGAUGUAUUCAGACAGGUUGGAUCAUGUGUAAGGAUUUGUGA